UUCAGUCACUGCGUUCAGAUGAUAACGGAGUGAGGUAAUUUAUGGGAGUAGCUGCGACAGGCGCCGUCGACGCGACUUUAUUUCCUCAAUCCAUGGGCAUAUGAAAUAUUGCGCAUCUUGAUGAGUUGCCCAUGUUACGUCUCAAGAAUAUUUAUCACCACUUACUCCACGGGUGAACAUCUCAGUGUGAGUAAGUCCUAAAGAAGUAUGGAUAUUGAACAGUUAACUGUACAGAGAGAAAGCACUGCAAAGUUUUGGCUGUAGUUAACUUGCACACAGGAGAAGGGAACAGACACUUAAAACACUUUUAAACAUUCAAAAUGGGGAAGGAUUAUUAUUCCGUUCUUGGAAUUGAGAAGGGGGCAUCUGAUGAAGACAUCAAGAAAGCUUAUCGAAAGCAAGCUCUUAAAUGGCAUCCAGAUAAAAAUAAAUCUCCCCAUGCAGAGGAAAAAUUCAAAGAGAUUGCAGAAGCCUACGAAGUACUGAGUGAUCCCAAAAAGAGAGAGAUUUAUGAUCAGUUUGGAGAAGAAGGAUUAAAAGGAGGAGCUGGAGGGCCUGAUGGACAAGGUGGCACAUUCCGGUACUCUUUCCAUGGAGACCCACAUGCUACAUUUGCAGCCUUUUUUGGUGGUGCAAAUCCGUUUGAAAUCUUCUUUGGGAGAAGGAUGCCUGGUGGCAGGGACACUGAAGACAUGGAAGUAGAUGGAGAUCCAUUUGGUUCCUUUACUGCUUUUAAUAUGAAUGGGUUUCCCAGAGAAAGAAACACUGUUGGUAGCCAGCCCCGUCGUAAGCAAGACCCUCCUGUUAUCCAUGAACUGAAGGUAUCGUUGGAAGAGAUUUAUCACAGUUGCACCAAAAGAAUGAGGAUUUCCAGAAAAAGGCUCAAUCCAGAUGGAAGAAGUGUCAGAACAGAGGAUAAAAUCCUUACCAUUGAUAUCAAGAAAGGAUGGAAGGAGGGUACUAAAAUUACAUUCCCCAGAGAAGGUGAUGAAACACCCAACAGUAUCCCAGCAGACAUUGUGUUUGUGAUUAAAGAUAAACCUCAUCCACACUUCAAGAGGGAUGGGUCAAACAUUAUCUAUCCUGUCAAGAUUAGUUUACGGGAGGCUUUAUGUGGCACUUCAAUCAAUGUACCAACAAUAGAAGGUCGAACCAUACCUAUGACAGUAAAUGAAGUUGUAAAGCCUGGAAUGAGAAGAAGAAUUAUAGGAUAUGGUUUGCCAUUUCCUAAAAAUCCUGAUCAGCGAGGUGACUUAAUCAUAGAAUUUGAAGUAGUCUUCCCAGAUAGUAUAGCUCCAGCAUCAAAAGAAGUACUCAGGAGGAAUCUUCCUGUUUCAUAAGGAAAUAACCUCUAUUAACUUUUCCAAGAUGAUGCUGAACAUUGGAAGAUUUAUGCUGUAAAAGAGCAAUCUAUAACUGUGGAACUUUUUGGUGUGUGUGGAUGUGGGAGGGAAUUAUGCAGUGCUGCAUGACGAUAAAAGGGGCAAAUACACAAGACUUGCUAUCAAGUAUAAUGCUAAAACCACUUGCUAUAUUUUAGAUCUUCCUUUUCAGAAAGUUUAUCUGGUAUUUUGCUUACAUGUAAAAUGUAGUCUGGGGAGAACCCUCUGUGUGUAUCUUUCUAACUAUAUUUCUUGAUCAUCUAUGUAGGGUAUUAUACCGUAAUAUCAGAAUUCAUAAUACAAGUCCAUGUAGUAGAGGAAAUAUUCAUGUUGUAUAUAUGCCUGCAUGCUUGGUUUUCAUUGCACAUAGCAGAAGGCAGAAAAAAUCACUUAAAGCAGAAGACAGAAAAUAUCACUUAAUGUUCAUAAGCCCAAAGAAGGUAACGUUUUUAUUAUAGCAGAUGCUAAGGCAUUCUUUUGCUCGUUAAGUAGAAUGCUAGCCUGGUAGCAAAGAAAUGUACCUGUCAAAAGGUAGACCUUUUGCAGUGUAGCAAAUUUCCAGGUGGAAAUGCCUGUGAAAUACAGUUGCAUUAAAGACUCAAAUAGCUACAGGCAGCCCAUGUAGAAGAUGAUCUUUCUUAACAACAACAUGAAAGACAGUUGGCCUAUAUAUAUAUUUAAUAUAUAGAUAGAUAACUCUGUAUAUCUCACACACAGAUGCUAGUAUUUCAAAGGCAUGAAAGUUCCAUGA